AUGAACGCCGUCGGAGUCGAACAGUACGGCUCCAUAGACAACUUGACAUGUCGGAAGAUUCCGAAGCCGGAUAAGCCACAGGGGAAGGAACUGCUUAUCAAGGUACAAGCUGCCGCUGUCAAUCCAAUCGAUACCAAAGUUAGGAACGGAACAUAUGAUGACGCACCAGACUAUUAUAAAUUCGUUCCUCGCCCAUUCCAUAUCAUGGGAUAUGACGGCGCCGGGAUAGUUGAAGAGGUUGGCCCAGAAUGUACCAGAUUCAAGCCCGGUGACGAAGUUUUCUAUGUCUCGUCUCCGACAAAACAAGGAGUGUACUCUGAAUACCAAUUAGUCUCGGACGUCACCGUCGGGCAUAAACCGAAAUCACUGGAUUUUGUCGAGGCUGCCGCGAUGCCACUGACAUACGGAACAGCUUAUGAGUCCUUAAUAGACCGACUGGAGAUCAAAAAGGGAGAAAAAGCCGGGAUUCUGAUAAUUAAUGGCGCCGGUGGUGUAGGAGCCAUGGCAUCGCAAAUCGCGCGAUGGGUACUUGAUUUACCUGUCGUGAUUACCACGGCAUCGCGACCGGAGACGAUUGAUUUCACGAAGAAAAUGGGUGCCACGCAUGUUAUCAACCAUCGGGAGGAUUUGAAAAAGCAGAUUGAUGAGCUUCGGCUUGAUGUGCCUAUCAAAUAUGUCUAUAUUACCCAUUCCACGGCACAGUACCUGAGGGUUUGUUCGGAUAUCAUUGCGCCAAUGGGGAAAGUAUGCUCUAUCGUUCAAUCUGCCGAUAUGAACAUGUACGGCACUCAGUUUAUGUCUAAGUCUCUAGCUUUCGUCUGGUGUUGGCUUGGAUCGAGGAUGUACCAUGGCGUUGAGACCGAUCAAGGGGAAAUGCUGGAAAAGCUUUCUGCUUAUAUUGACGCAGGCAAGAUUAAGUGCCACUUGACCCGGCGGCUACAAUUGAAUCUUGAAGGAAUCAAAGAAGCACAUAGGAUCCUUGAAUCUGGGAAAGCCAUUGGAAAGACAAUCCUAAUCCGCUACAACUCGGUCGAAGCAUAUCAGCAACAUGGAAGCACCAUGGAGCAAAUGACCAAAGACAAAUUCGCCGAGAAGGGAGCCACGGAGCAGACUUUAUUCAUCUCUACGAAGAGCAUGCCUCCUAUACAUACUACUUCAUUUGUCGCCCCGGAGAAUGUCUCCGUUGAUGACCUGAAGGGAGUACAGUUUCCCGAAGGUGUGCAUGUUGAUAUUCAUCAGGAGGAUUGA